AUGGUGACCGUCAUCGAUCGAUGGGCUAAUGAGUAUGGUCCUCUGGUUCACAUAAGAUUGUUCGGCAAGUCUGUCAUCAUAAUCAGCUCGUCCGAGGUCGCCAAAGAUCUUUUGGAAUCCCGGCACAAGAACUAUUCGGGAAGACCAAAUUUUAUAAUGGCAUCCAAAGCUAUGCAGGACGACAUGAUGAUGCCUUUCAUUCAUGCCAACGACCGGUUUUUCAGGGCCCGCAAGCUGGUGACGACGGAACUGCGCCUAGCGACAGCUGAAGUUCAUCGUCUGUGUAUGCUGGAUGAACCCAAGCAGUGGGUGUCCUUCGUUGAACGCGCAGUUGCUUCAAUCCUCAUGACUGCAGUAUAUGAUAAGCCGUUGAAAAGCAAUGAAAGCGCUGAGGACGCCGUGAAGGAUGUCAUUAAGCUCAAUAACGAUUUGAUUAAUGUGAUCGACGGGGGCCAGAACUAUGUGGAUUUCUUACCUUGGCUUCGGUAUAUACCUGGUGUUCCGUACAAGGUGGUGGCGGCUAGUUACUAUGACUUGGCGGAAAGGACAUACAGGUCUCUCAUGGAUGAAGCUAAACGCAACUUCGAAGGAGGCAAACCCGCGGCCAGCAUAGCGGCGAGGUUGUUGCAGAGCCAAUCUGAAGUCGAAGCUGAUUACAGGGAGCAAUACUGGGCCCUUGGAUCAUUCUACCUAGCAGGAUCUGAUACGCAAUCUAUCGCAACGCAAAGUUUCAUCAUGGCGCUGGCUUUAAACCCUGACGUUCUCGCACGCGCACAGGCUGAAGUCGACAAUGUGGUCGGUAACGACUGUUGCCCCACUUACGACGAUGAGGAUAAGCUGCCCUACAUCAGAGCGAUGGUUCGUGAGGUCCUGCGCUGGAGACCUACGGGACCAACUGCAAUACCCCAUGCAUCAAUUCAAGACGACGAGUACAAGGGAUACUUCAUUCCGGGCGGAUCUAUGGUCAUACCGAAUAUCUGGUCAAUGCAAAUGGAUCCAAAGGUAUUUGAGCAGCCUGAAACCUACAACCCUCAGCGGUAUUUGGAUGAUCCCAACUUGCCGUUCCACGCAUUUGGUUUUGGCGACAGAGUCUGUCCGGGACGACGCGUCGCUGAGACGACUUUAUUUCUCACGUUCGCUACGAUCGUAUGGGCCGUGGAUGUAAGACCAGCUAUAAGUCCGGAGACAGGUAAACCAAUCCCGAUCAAUUCUGACAGGGAGACAGGUUUCGCUCCAGUCGGCCUUUUGAGAGCGCUUCCUUUUGAGGUCUCUCUUACUUCAAGAUUUCCGGCUCGCACACAGCUACUCGCACGCAUCACGGAGAACGACGAUUUGUGA